GCGAGCACCGCAACGCCAACGCCAACGCUCAUCCCGAUGCCGCGGCCGCUCUGACUCCCAUCCAUCUCCCCACACCCCCAACCCCCAAUCGAAAGCAAGACAAGCCAAGCCAGCCAGCCACGAGAGAAGAGCGAAGAAAGGAGGAGAGAGGGAGAGAAAAAAAAAUUCCUCCGUCCACCGCCUCCGCCGCCGCCGCGCGCUCCGUUCGCUGACGCGGGUCUGCGCGCCGAUAAGGGGCAGCUGGAGGGCUGUGAGCUGAGCGGAGCGGCGGCCGCGGCGCCAGAUCGACCGGGGAUGCCGCCCAAUCCGACGGAGCCGGAGCAGCCGGAGGCGGCCGCGACGCCGGCGCCGCCCAAGAAGAAGAGGAACCUCCCCGGGACGCCAGAUCCGGACGCGGAGGUGAUCGCGCUGUCGCCGGGGACGCUCAUGGCGACCAACCGGUUCGUGUGCGAGGUGUGCGGCAAGGGCUUCCAGAGGGACCAGAACCUGCAGCUCCACCGCCGGGGCCACAACCUUCCGUGGCGGCUGCGCCAGCGCGGCCCCGGGGCGGCGCCGCCGCGCCGGAGGGUCUACGUCUGCCCGGAGCCCGGCUGCGUGCACCACUCCCCCGCCCGUGCGCUGGACCUCACGGGCAUCAAGAAGCACUUCUGCCGCAAGCACGGCGAGAAGCGAUGGGCCUGCCCACGCUGCGGCAAGCGCUACGCCGUCCAGGCCGACCUCAAGGCCCAUGCCAAGACCUGCGGCACCCGCGAGUAUCGCUGUGACUGCGGCACACUCUUCACCAGGAGAGACAGUUUCGUGACACAUCGCGCUUUCUGUGGCGCUCUCGUGGAGGAGACCGGCAGAGUGCUCGCUGUUCCGGCGCCGCCUUCGCCUCGGCCACCUGAUUUGGAGGAGGUUGAGGAGAAUGUGGACAAGGACAAGGAGAAAGAAGAGGAGAAUGUGGAUAAGCACAAGGAAAAGGAGGAUGAGGGGGACAAGGGGGGAGAAGAUGAAAAUGAGACUUCUGCCGUGGCCGAGGUGGAUGAGCCGCAGCACGUUGAGGCAGCAAUGGAGGAGCCACAGCCGCAGCGGAUUCCGUCGUCGCCAUCUCCAACGCCGCCAUCUCCAACGCCACAGGAGCAGCAGCCAAUGGUGGCAGUUGUGCCAAAUUUGGAUGAGCCAGUGGUGGUUGUGGAGCCAAUUGUGGAUAUCAAGCAAGAGGAGGAGGAUAAGCGAGAUGAAGAUGUUUGCUUCCAGGAAGCCGAUAAGUACAAUGUCGCUGAACUAGAAGACUCCAACUUGCCAGAUAAUGAUACCCCGAUGCCUCCUUGUUUCCUCCCCUCGCCCUCGGAUGCCAUUGGUACAGAUGGCAGCAGCACCAGUUGUGGCACAGUCAGCAGUGCAUCCAAUUCCAUUGCGCCAGCAACGACGACUAGCACAUUUGCGGGGCUGUUUGCAUCAGCCACAACAAGCACCACUCCCCAGAGUAGAUCGCUGCGUGAUCUUAUAGGUGUUGAUCCCACCUUCCUUUGCCUUGCAAUCGGUACACCAUCAUCUCUGUUCCCACAGACAGAUGCAAGCAACCCCGGCACCUUUGCUCCACCACCAGCACCGCACAUAUCUGCGACUGCACUCCUGCAGAAGGCUGCUGAGGCUGGAGCUUCGCAAGCAGGCACAUCUUUCUUGAAGGAGUUUGGUCUUGCAAGUUCCUCCUCAUCAACCCCAUCCAGGCCACCUCAAGGAAGGUUCAUCGAGAGCAGCUCAACGCAAUCCCAGCAGCCCCAAGGAAGGUUCAUCGAGAGCAGCUCAACGCAAUCCCAGCAGCCCCAAGGAAGGUUCAUCGAGAGCAGCUCAACGCAAUCCCGGUUACCUCAAGACAGGCUCAUCGACAGCAUCUCAACACAAUCCCGGUCACCUCAAGACAGGUUCAUCGACAGCAUCUCAACACAAUCCCGGUUACCUCAAGACAGGUUCAUCGAGAGCAGCUCAACACAAUCCCGGUUACCUCAAGACAGGUUCAUCGAGAGCAGCUCAACACAAUCCCGGUUACCUCAAGACAGGUUCAUCGAGAGCAGCUCGACACAAUCCCGGUUACCUCAAGACAGGUUCAUCGACAGCUCAACACAAUUUCGAUUACCUCAAGACAGGUACAUCAAUAACUCGAUGCCAUCCAAGCUAUCUCAAGGGAGAUUCAUGGAUACCUCACUGCCAUCCCAGCAACUGCUACCUCAAGGAAGGUUCUUCGACAACUCGCCAGCAUCAAAUCUGUCUCAAGGAAGGUUCUUUGAUAACUCGCAACCAUCCAAUCCAACUCAAGGAAGGUUCUUUGAUAACUCGCAACCAUCCAAUCCAACUCAAGGAAGGUUCUUCAUCAACUCGCCACCAUCCAAUCUACCUCAUGGAAGGUUCCCUGAUUAUUCGACACCAGGAAGGUUGCCUCAAGGAAUGUACAUCGAUGGCUUGCCACAAUCCAGGCUACCACAAGGAAGGUACAUCGACAACUCACCGCAGGCCAAGCUACCUCAGGGGGGAAGGUUCGUUGAUAGCAAUCCACAGCAAUGGCACCAAAGGAGCAAUAAUCAUAACCAGCUAAUGGAUAUGGAGCCUGGGCCGAUGGUAUCUGGUAGCCUUGGACUUGGUCUCGCCUAUGAAGGUUCAAAUCCAAGGUUGCCAGAUUUGAUGAUGGGGCAAUCACCACUGUUCGGUCCCAAGCCUGCCACUCUGGACUUCCUUGGGCUUGGCAUCGGAGGGACCAUGGGCGGCUCCACGGCCAGCGGUGGCCUACCGGCAUUGAUGGUGGGAGGAGAGCUGGACAUGGGGUCUGCCGCACAGCCGCCCUCUCCAUGGGAGGAGGCACAGAGAAAGACCAACGGCCGCACGAUCCUGUGAGGUUCUCUUUUUUGUAAACCUUAGGGGGCUUUUGUGCUUUGGCUCAUCCAUUCUUUCAGCUGCUGUGUUGUGUUGGGUGGUGGUGGUAGGAAAGCUAGAACCGUGCAUGUAAGCUGCAGAACCUGUACAUAGAUCUUCCGUCUCCCCACCCCCCUCUCCUGUCUAAAUUAAAAGCUAUUACUAUAGAGAGAAUUUGAUC